AUGACAAGGUCAGAUUCUGGAGGAGAAGACGACGUCUUCUUCGAUGCGUGUGACGAUGAUAUCAUCAGAGGCCACUCAGCAGCAGAGAUCGGUUCAUCCUUAUCACCAGCCGGCUGCACCACGGGCACUGAGGCUGGGUAUGAACUGUGGGCAGGUGAGCCGACGAUGAGCGUCAGGGAAAGGAGGCAGAGAUUCCUGAAAGGGAUGGGCUUUCUCGAGCCUGGCCCUACCGGAGCCGUCUUCCCCCAGUGGCUUGCAGAGAUCACGACGAAUGAUUGCUCGUUCCAUGAUCUCGAGGAGAGGAUCAGCAGCAUAUGUUCUUCCUUCAGAUCAUGUUUCUCUGACGGCGUUCUGGCAGAGACAGCAGCUCCCAGCACAAGGGAUAUGGAUAACUGCAAUGGAAGGAGAAGUGCAGCUCGCGAUCAUGAAGGUGGUGGCCAGCACAAUGUGCUUUCAGAGAUUCUUGAGGAGGUUGGAUCGGAUGAAAUCUUGGCUCCAGAUGACGAUGUGGCUGGAUCAUCUCCGGUUGCUCGGCGAUUCUUGCGCAGUCGCAGCAGCGGUCGCAGCCAUGCGUCCGGUGAUCCUAGGCAGGGUGAAUUCAGGAGCCUGUGGGGAAGCUUCAGGAGAAAGAAGGAUGCAGCUAGAGCUCCCAUGGAUGAUGUCCAUGCAAGAAGCUCGAAUUCAGGUGCAUUGUGCAGAACAAAAGUUCAUCACCAGAACAAGAAGUGGAUGGACUUCACUGCUGUCUACAUGUGCCAAGAAAUCCAGGCCCACGAGGGCUUGAUCCGGGUCAUGAAGUUCAGUUCAUCUGGGUGGCAUCUAGCAAGCGGCGGCGAGGAUUGCGUUGUGCGCGUUUGGCAGAUUACGGAGAUCGAGUCUUCAGCAAAUUUGUACGUCAGAGAUCCUGAAGACAUGGACAAGAAUAAGGGUUUAAAAACUAAGCCCCUUGCAAUAAUUCCAAACAAGGUAUUCAGUAUUACAGAGACGCCUCUGCAUGAAUUCCAUGGCCAUGGAAGUGAUAUCCUGGACUUGGCAUGGUCAAAGUCAGAUUUUCUCUUGAGUUCAUCGAAAGACACGACGAUACGAAUGUGGAAAGUUGGUUGGGAUGACUGCCUAGCAGUAUUCAGACAUGGAGAGUAUGUUACAUGUGUUGAUUUCAAUCCAGUCGACGAAAGGUACUUCGUCAGUGGCUCAAUAGAUGGCAAAGUCCGCGUUUGGGAUGUUUCAGACAAGCGGGUAGUUGACUGGGAUGAUAUAAAGGAUAUCAUAACAGCUAUAAGUUAUCAACCAGAUGGAAAGGGUUUCGUUGUUGGUUCUGUUAAAGGGAAAUGCCGCUUCUAUGAUCAAUCUGGUAUAACUGCAUUUAACAAUUUUGCGAUCGUUUCUCCAUUAGGGAAAAACAUUGAAAGGGGCAAACUAAUGCGUAUAAAGCGGAGAAAGUGGUUUGCAGCUGCCAACAGGAUUACCAAUAUUCAGUUUUCUAAAGGCCAUCCAUCCAGGAUGAUAAUCGCGUCGAAAGAUCAUAAAAUUCGAGUUUAUGAAGGUCUUAAGUUCACUCAAAAGUUUCAAGGGCAAUGGAAGUCCAAGGCGUUGGUGCCGCCGUCGCUGACGCCGGACGGCAGGUACCUCAUAUCGGCGGGCAGCGACUCCAACGUUCGCAUCUGGAGCUUCGACGGCGGGAGGCGGAGGCGGGCCGUCUGCUCCCGCGAGCUCUUCUUCUCCGAGGGCGUCACGGCGGUGGCGCCGUGGGAGAGGGCGGCGGCGGCGAGCGGGAGGAGGAGCUCCGCGGCGGCGGACGCGCCGACGCUGUGCUACGACCGGGAGCGGUGCUCGUUCGGCACGUGGUUCCUCGCCCCCGACGGGCCGAGGGCGUCGGCGGCGACGUGGCCGGAGGAGAAGCUGCUGCCGUCGCUCCGGUACGUGAACUGCGCCGGGAUGGACGACUGCCGGGCCAAGGUGGCGGCGGCCUGGAACACGGUGGUGGUGACGGGCAGCCGCGGCGGCGCGAUCAGGGCCUUCCACAACUACGGCCUGCCGGUGAGGCUGUGAAAGCCGGCGAGAGGCGACGCCAUGGUGUUCUUGCCGCCAUUGAUCGAUCGAUCGAUUCAUCCAUCCAUCCUUGGCUGCUGCUAGCUUCGCCACCUAGGUAGCCAGUGAGCUAAUGCGUGCAGAAAAAAAAAAAAAGGUAAUUUUGGCGAAACGCCAAAUCGGAGCAGGGAUACUGGUAGUGGGAUAUUUAGUGGGCAAGAAAAUAAUAUACUUGUGGAUACUUGCCGCCAAAG